GGGGGGCGGAGCCCCGCGGGGGUGGGGAGGAGGGCAAGAUGGCGGCCGGUGAGUGAUUCUCCCUGAGUUCCUUCAGGGCUGAAGAGACGCCGGGGCGGGGGUCCCGCUCGUCCUGCCUGCCGGCCUCCUCUCCCCCGCCCCCGGAGGCCUCUUCCUUUCCUUCCUCCACCUUGGGGGCGGGCCAGCAUCCUCGGACACCAUGUCAGACUCUGAGGAGGAGAGCCAGGACCGGCAACUGAAAAUCGUCGUGCUGGGGGACGGCACCUCCGGGAAGACCUCCUUAGCUACGUGUUUUGCUCAAGAGACUUUUGGGAAACAGUACAAGCAGACUGUAGGACUGGAUUUCUUUUUGAGAAGGAUUACCUUACCAGGAAAUUUGAAUGUUACCCUUCAAGUUUGGGAUAUAGGAGGGCAGACAAUAGGUGGCAAGAUGUUGGAUAAAUACAUCUAUGGAGCACAGGGAAUCCUCUUGGUAUAUGAUAUUACAAAUUAUCAAAGCUUUGAGAAUUUAGAAGAUUGGUAUUCUGUGGUGAAGACAGUGAGUGAAGAGUCAGAAACUCAGCCCCUGGUUGCUUUGGUGGGCAAUAAAAUUGACUUGGAGCAUAUGCGAACAGUAAAACCUGAUAAACACUUACGAUUUUGCCAGGAAAACGGUUUUAGUAGCCACUUUGUUUCAGCCAAGACAGGAGACUCAGUCUUCCUGUGUUUUCAGAAAGUUGCUGCAGAAAUCCUGGGAAUCAAAUUAAACAAAGCAGAAAUAGAACAGUCACAGAGGGUGGUGAAGGCAGAUAUUGUAAACUACAACCAGGAGCCCAUGUCAAGAACUGUUAACCCACCUCGGAGUUCCAUGUGUGCAGUUCAGUGAGCACACACUGUAUUAAUAGUUUUGGCUGUUCUUCCCCAGGACUGAGCCCAGGCUGUGUAGGAACAUGUUUUUAUCAGUGACCAUUUCUGUAGUCAACUCAAACUUUCCUCUUGCUCCACUCCUUCAUCCUUAAGUCGCCCCACAAUAGUGGGUACCUCCUUGGACUGGAAGGAAUUCAGCUUCGGGACCACACAUUUUGAAAUCUGAAUGGAGAGUCAAUUCUCUGGAUUGAGACCAUCUCUUUGCUCCAGAAGAACCACAUUGCUUCUUUACAUCCUCACUACUUUUUUCCUAAAUAUAAAAAGUUUAACCAGAUAUGAAGAUGUUCCAAGCUUUGAUCAUCAUUUUCUAUCUGAACUCAUGUAUGUGAAAGUGUACUUCAGAGCACCGAUGGUGAAACAGUUACUCAAGAAAGUGUUCCUUUGCUGGCUAUUAAGAGUAAACUAUACAAAGCUGCAUUUAAUUGAAAGUGAGUGCUUCAAAUGAGGCUGUAAUAGAAAUAUUUUUUCAUUUUUAAAAGGAGCCUAACUUGUUUAUAUUGUAGUUUAUAACUCACAAGUAGUGAGUAUUUGAUAUUGUAUUUUUAUUACUGUAUCAUGGUCAUUGCAUAUUUUAUCAUAUUUGGCUUAGAUGGCUUUAUGAAUUUUGAUAAAUGGUUCAGCUGAUCCUCCACAUGAAUCUCCUACAGACUGCAUGAGAGUGCUUCCAGAUGAGUCAUGACAUCCUUGAAUCAUUGUGGAUUGAUCACACUGUACCUGAUGUUCAGAUGUUUUUCUCUCAUAAAUAAAUUUAUUUAAAUUACA